GGAUGCCUUCGCCUUUUUCUCACGCAUCUGCAUGAGCUUCGUUUGCUUGUCCUUGUGCCGUGGAAAGAAUGUCAUCAGUGGUUGGUUCCCGUUAAUUUGCUGCAGUUGUAUGCUGAUUGGCUUCAACUGCCGGCUUGUGGCGUGUCUGACUGCUUUGGCUGUGAUGUGGCAGGCCUCCUGCUUGGUCAGCUGGUCGUUCAUAUUCGGCUGGAAUGAUCUGACCAUUAGUGUGUCCUUAAUAUGUUCGCUGUACGGCAAAGUGGCUGGCUUUCUGUUAAUGGCAUGGCUCGGGGCUGGCAAGUGGUCCCUGGAUGCCCGAACUUAGUUGCCACUUCAUCAAUGCAACAACAACAACAAUAGCUUUCAACACGUGCUUCGCUGGCUCAACUGAAGUUGGAUUAAGAUAUAAAAGUCAUUAAGCAUUACGAGCCAAAUGAUUAUUUUUGUUUCUCUUCUUUUCGGCAAACGAUGCUUCGCGCGCAGAUUUACAUGCAAACAUAUAGAGUCCGCCCAUUGACGCCUUAAAAGUGACUAUCCGAAUACUCGAACUGACUGCCUGUUAUACCCUAUAGUCGUUAAACGUGUAGGCAAGGGUAUGCUAUGGUGGGGCUAAAUGGAGGUUAAGAUAUGCGGAGAACAUAAAUCCAAAAUGA